CUGGAAAGCAGGGAAGUCUGGGAACAGAGAGAGAAGGCUGUGGGUCCUGGGGAAGGAGAAUAAGGAAGCAAGGAAGGAAAGGAAAAGGUCUCAGCCCAGAGGAAGAAAGAAGGGAACAAAUAGACUGGGCUGCAGACAUCCUCAGAGGAGAGAGGGAGCUGGGCAGAGAUGAAGCUACAGGGCUCUCUGGCCUGCCUCCUGCUGGCCCUAUGUCUGGGUGGUGGGGCAGCUAACCCGCUGCACAGUGGAGGGGAGGGCACAGGGGCAAGUGCUGCCCAUGGAGCAGGAGAUGCCAUUAGCCAUGGAAUUGGAGAGGCUGUGGGCCAAGGGGCUAAAGAAGCAGCCAGCUCUGGAAUCCAGAAUGCCCUAGGCCAGGGGCACGGAGAGGAAGGUGGCUCCACAUUGAUGGGGAGCAGAGGCGAUGUUUUUGAGCACCGGCUUGGGGAAGCAGCAAGAUCUCUGGGGAACGCUGGGAAUGAGAUUGGCAGACAGGCUGAGGAUAUCAUUCGCCAAGGGGUAGAUGCUGUCCACAACGCUGGGUCCUGGGGGACAUCUGGAGGUCAUGGCGCAUAUGGCUCUCAAGGUGGUGCUGGAGUCCAGGGCAAUCCUGGUCCUCAAGGGACACCCUGGGCCUCAGGAGGCAACUAUGGGACUAACUCUCUGGGUGGCUCUGUGGGUCAGGGUGGCAAUGGCGGACCACUCAACUAUGAAACCAAUGCCCAGGGAGCUGUGGCUCAGCCUGGCUACGGGACAGUGAGAGGCAACAACCAGAACUCAGGGUGUACCAACCCCCCACCUUCUGGCUCCCAUGAAAGCUUCAGUAACUCUGGGGGAAGCAGCAAUGAUGGCAGUCGUGGUAGCCAAGGCAGUCAUGGCAGUAAUGGUCAGGGCAGCAGCGGUAGAGGCGGUGGCCAAGGCAACAGCGACAACAAUGGCAGCAGUAGCAGUAGCAGCGGCAGCAACAGUGGCAACAGCAACAGUGGCAACAGCGGCAACAGCAACAGUGGCAACAGCGGCAACAGCGGUUCUGGGUCCCGGGACAUAGAAACAUCUAAUUUUGAUGAAGGCUAUUCGGUCUCCAGGGGAACCGGCAGCAGGGGUGGAAGUGGUGGAAGUGGUGGAAGUGGUGGUGGAAACAAACCCGAGUGUAACAACCCAGGGAAUGAUGUGCGCAUGGCCGGAGGAUCUGGGAGUCAGGAAAGUAAAGAAAGCAGUCAUCUCCUUGGAGGCUCCCAUGACUACCAGGGGCAUGGGUCCAAUGGUGGCAAUAUACAAAAAGAAGCUGUCAAUGGACUCAACACUAUGAACUCGGAUGCAUCUACCUUGCCCUUCAACAUUGACAAUUUCUGGGAGAAUCUUAAGUCCAAGACGCGCUUCAUUAACUGGGAUGCCAUAAACAAGGGUCAUGCCCCAUCUCCCAGCACUCGGGCUUUACUCUACUUCCGCAAACUGUGGGAGAAUUUCAAACGCAGCACUCCUUUCUUCAACUGGAAACAGAUUGAGGGUUCAGAUCUGUCAUCUCUGCAGAAGAGGGCAGGUGGAGCUGACCAGUUUUCUAAGCCUGAAGCAAGACAAGAUCUUUCAGCUGACUCAUCCAAGAACUACUACAAUAACCAGCAGGUGAAUCCUACUUACAACUGGCAAUACUAUACCAAGACCACUGCCAAGGCGGGAGUCACACCUUCAUCUUCCUCGGCUUCCCGGGCACAACCUGGCCUGCUGAAGUGGCUGAAGUUUUGGUAGAACAUUCCUUCUAGUCACUGCGGACUCCUCACGAAUGCACACAGGUCUUCAGGGAGUUUGACUGUCCUUACCCAGAGUCCUCUCUGAUGCAGCUGACCUACCUGGGCAUGACAAGCCUGUCAUCUCGCCUGGGGACCUGGUUUAUCUGUCCUCAUUCUCCCCAUUCGAUUGUGGUGUCUUGGCGACUAAUCAGUUUCAUUGUAUAACCAGCCAGAUCUUCACCUCUUCUUCCGUACGUGACCGCAAGUCCCUGGAACGAGGCAUCUGGAGCUUCCUACUCUCCAGUUUCUCUGUGGAAAUAAAACAUGACUCUUUGUUUCCCUGAGA